GAGGGAAUGGCCCGGCGCGGCGGCGUGCUGGACUCUAAAAACAGUUGAUCUCGCUGUCCCAUUUGCUUUUCCCGCCAGAGGCAGGCGGUUUCCUGCACCCAGCACCUAAGCAGCCGGGGUCGGUGCACCCCACGGAGACGGCGCGGGCUCCGAGCGUGGCCCAUGUCCGGCGCGGGUGAAGCCCUCGCUCCAGGGCCCGUGGGGCAGCAGUGCCCAGCCGAGGCGGGCGGUGGCCGGCUGGGCUCCCCAGCCCACGAAGAGUGUAAUGAAGACACUACCGAGAAAGAAAAAAGACAAACUAACAGUAGCCACACUAGGUAUGGGCUGAUUCGGGACCAGUCCAUUUGGAGAAAUCCUUCAGAUGGCGAACUCGUCAGAACCCAACCUGAGCGUCUGCCUCAACUGCAGACAUCAGCACAGGAGCCCAGCAAGGAGGAAACCAGCAAGAUACAGAAUGGUGGCCACCCAACUAUGAACAAUGGGAAUGGAAUUCCUCACAGAGCCAAACAUAUGUCUAUGGAUAAUCACAAAAUGUCAUCUCCCGUCUCUCAGAAAAUGCAUAGAAAAAUUCAGUCCAGCUUGUCUGUAAACAAUGACGUCAAUAAGAAGAGUAAAGUAAAUGCUGUCUUUUCCCAAAAAUCAGCUUCCUCACCUGAAGACUGUUGUGUCCACUGUAUCCUGGCAUGCUUGUUCUGUGAAUUCCUGACCCUCUGCAACAUUGUCCUGGGACAAGCUUCGUGUGGCGUCUGCACCUCCGAAGCCUGCUGCUGCUGCUGUGGAGACGAGAUGGGCGAUGACUGUAGCUGCCCCUGUGACAUGGACUGCAGCAUCAUGGAUGCCUGUUGUGAAUCCUCAGACUGCUUAGAGAUCUGCAUGGAAUGCUGUGGCAUCUGCUUUCCUUCAUAAAGAUUUAUCUCUUGUUUGUACUAAAACUGGAGACAACUUUACAGUAUUUCUUGUAGGGGAAAGGAAAGCACAUGGUGAGAUUUCCAGGAAGCAGCUCAGUAUUUGCACUGUUUAACUCAUUCCUCUUAGGUAAUCUCUGAAAUUCUUCCUCUUUCACCAGUCGUGUGUGAUUUAAUAUGUGAAGUUCUAACCAACUAACUGGUUUUUGAAGCUUCUUCGUAGGGGAAUAAUAAUCGGAAGACAUUUUGACACACACAGCCUGAAAUGUUAAAUGUCUUCUUUUUGUUGACAUGUUUGUUUUCCCUAACCGUUCUGAGCAGCUCUUUGUUCUAAAUGCGACAUUGCUCAAUAUGUAUUUAAACCAGAUCACUUUGUUGUUUAUCUAUUAAAGGUUAAAAGCAAACAUUUUUUUUUUUAUUCUAAGUAAGCACGAACAUGGGGCAGAGCCCUAAACAGAUGUGGGACUCUCCGUGCUGGUCUGCUCUGGGCUUUGCCCCUCUCUUGUUCUGUCCAGAGCACACUGAGGAAGAUGGUGUUGCUCUUGUCCAGAGCAGCAGGAAGUAUCACUGAGGAGGGCAGGAUGGGAGGGGUAAAGGUUAACCAGGUUGCAAGGCAUGCUGGUUUCAGGACUGUAAAGGCCAUAGGAACAAACAGAAGUGAAUAAGGGGUUACUGAGGAAAGCCUGGAGGAGGAGGAGGAUGUGGCAUUGUGGAUGCCCUAGGAAGAGCUACUUACAUUUAGGAAAAAGUUGAAGGUGGAGGGCCUGAACUGUCUGCGCUCUGUACAAGUGAAAAGAAUUUGCCUCCAUUGCACAUUGGAGCAACACAGCUUUCUUAGAACUAUAAAAUCUGAACUAAUGCAAACAUGCACUUUCCUACACAUAAUUUAAGUGUUAUAAAUUUUAAUGAAAACAUAAUACCUUGUUAACAUAACUAUAUUUUACCAAAAAAUGUAGAACACUUUUUAACAACGUUUAUUUAAAUGGGCUUUUUUUUUUUUUUUUUUUUAAGAUUAAAAAGUCCCAGUAUUCAUUGGGGUUUUUCCAAAGCUGGCUUAUAUUUGGAAAGACUCAGUUCUUUAUCUUGUAGGGUUGGUGUGUGUGUUGGGGGGGUGGGUCUAUUUAUUUUCAUUGGCUUGUAGUUCUAGCCUUGCUGUAUUUCAUAAGUACAUAAGUUUUGGAUCCACUACAGGAGGACCUCGGAUGGCUAUCACCAUUAGCAGAUAUUAGGAUUCCAAUGGUGUGUGAAAUUAUGCCAACAGGCAGGUUAUAAAGAUACUAAAGUAUGAAGAAAUGAAUCUGCCAUGAGACUAAUGCUAUAGUGAUGGAGUGAUCUCGUGUGCAAGGGAGAGUUCGGUUUCUCUCACAUCCUCACAUGUGUCUUUUUUUUUUUUUUCUCUCCAGAUUUGAAAUUUGGUUAAAUUGACUAAUUCCUCAAAGGCUCUUGGGAGUAGGUUUUUGUUAGUGGUCCUUUCUAGUUCUGGAUGAAUAUUAGAUUGUUAGAAAUAGUGCGUUUUUAGGAAGCCUUUUGUCAGCCUAGAACUUAAAGGAGACCUGAACAUCUUUUUUUUUUUUUUUUAAUUCAUGAAGAAUGUCAAUAUCACCAGUGUCUUUCCUUUGAAAGUUAGCCUAGCUCACAAUUAAAUUACUAUUUCAAAUAUUCUUUGAAAAAGGAAAGCAAGUGUGUCUCCUUUUCUAGUGCAAUUUACACGUGCUUAUAUUUUAAAUAUGACGCUAGUGGACAGCUGCCUUCUUCCUAUUCUUUGAAACAGAAGCUUUGAUUCGCUAAGUCAAGUAUAACGGCAACCUUAGUAUUUCCAUAUACCCGAUGUUAGCUUGUGCUUAUAUCGUAGGACGAAGAAGAGCCAUCUGUUUAUGGAUAAGCCUCCUAAUGGUUGUUAAAAUAUUUGCCUCGUUAUCCUGUAAAACUGUUUAACCAAGAGGCUUGUCUGAAGCCUGAAUAUAUCUUGCCAUGAUUUGCAAUGAAAAUGUUAGUGCAUUAGAAAUGUUUUUCUGUAACAGAGAGCAUUAGUGAAUACCAGAAUUUAAUUUCCAUACUUGUACGUGUAGGACUUUUCUUCAGCUCUCUACUCCAGGCAAGCCGUUCCUUAAGGCAUCUUGUAUAAUUCAAAAGAAAAAUAGGCAAAUGUGAAAACGAUUUUAGCAUAUUUCAGAAUUUUGGUAUGUAAAGUGUUUUGUUGAAUCUUAUGGCCGUCAAGACUAAUUGCGAUAGUUUACACCUAGACAUUCAGUCUCAUUUUAAAUGUGGCAUAUUUUCAAACUGGAUCCUGGCUAUUUUAAAAUUAAAAAUAUAUACAUGACUACUUA